AUGUCCGACACGAUGCAGGUGCAGGGGCAUCUGCCCCAUCACCGCCGGUUAGCCGCAAACAUGGCCAUCAAGGCUAGGGGCAAUUCGUGCACCGAGUGUCGACGCCGCAAGCAAAAGCAACAAGAGGUUAGUAUUUGCUUCCCGCCUCCCAUCAAACCACAACCAAACCACAACGACAACCGAUCCCUCUCCACUCGUCUGCCACCAUCCCACGUCCCUCCCACCCUUAUCCAUCUCCUUGGGGGGGCCAGACAGGACAGGGACUUCGGAGGACAGCUCCUGUGGGGAAUGGACAGACUACGGCUUCAGCUCCCCCACAAGGCCGAACAGCCCAACCCACUCCCCUGGUUUGGAGCUUCGCCGGCAGAUGCCUCGAGUCUCUCUCCCAAUCGGGUGCCAAUGCACGCACCCAGACAGAAAAGGGAAGAGAGAGAAAAGACCGGGGAAGAAGGACAUGGGAAGAGGCGGGAAAAAAGAAAGGAAGGGGGGAGGAAAUUGGCUUAUAAUGCCGUUUGCCUCUUACAGCACACUGACGCACGCGCACUACUGCCCGGUCUUGUCUUUUUCAAAAGGCCUGCGAGUGCCGGAUCUCCAGGGAGCACCUCGAAAAACGUCAAGGUUGUGCUGGAAGGAGGCUACGCCCAUCUCAACCUGUCCGACAUCCAGGAUGCCAUUCUCCAGGUCGAGGGCGUCGUCGCCGCCAGCGGCAUUGCGGACGGGCUCUCGGCUGCGCCGGUAGUUGCCCAAGGCGAGGUGGUUUCUCGCUCUUCGCACGACCAGGAUGCCUCUUCUUCGCACAGGUCGUCGUCGGCCUCGGACCCGUUCCGCGUCGUAGUCACGGACGAGACGGGCACGCUCAAGCCAAAGUCUGUCUUUGCCAUGCUGCGCCUAAUCCUGCAGGCUCGCUUGAAGGUCACUAACCGCAUCGUCAACGACGAAUGGAGCAUCGACGGCCCUCAACUCAUGCGCGCCUUACAGCAGGCUGCUCAACCGCCCGUCAUGAUUGGAGGCUUGGACGAUCAACUGCGGAACCUGCCUAUGGAGCCAACCAGGUUAAACAUUGAGCUCGUCCGAAUACAUCUCCAACUUCUAUCUCGCUUCAAGGCUUCCAUAGACGGAAACCCGGAUCCUGAAAGUCGAUUUAUGAAACACUGGGUUCCGCUGUCCAUCAAGGACCCUCUUCUGCUUCAGAUAGUGCUCUACACGGCGGUAUGCUUCCUCAAGGAGACGGGCCGAGUGCCCAAGAUGCUCGUCUGGGCCUACAAAGGCGUCGUUCACCGUAUGCUCAACGAGCACCUAAGCUCGACUAGGACGCAGACCGGCGAUGCCGCCAUCAUGGGAGCCGCCCAGAUGGUCAUGGACUCCUGGUACUGGGGCACCACUGAAGAACUGCGUGCCCACAUGGCGGGCCUCAAGACCAUGAUUAGAAUGAGGGGCGGUCUCCAGGACCUUGGGAUGGGUGGUUUCUUAGCCAAAACCGUGCUCAUUCACGAUAUUGCCAUUGCCAUUGCUCAUGAUAUCGAGCCUGACAUUUACGGUCAGGGUGAAUUUGAAUUUCGUGAUGAUUUCAUGGUCCCCUAUCAAACCGCCUUCAACUCCCCCUUUUUAUCUGGCUGGCCACACUUUGUCGACCCGGGAUCGGCAUUGAAGCUUCAUCGAAGCUCUGCCCAGAUCCUGGACGACGUAAGACUCAUUAUCCAAACCGUGCAAUCCUUGCCUCCAUCGCCAACCGCGCAAGACCUGCAGAAUGUGACAGACGCGGCCCUGUGGGCGCUAAACAGGCUGGAUCGGAUGCCGGAGAACAUCCCACUCUACGAGGAAGAGGAGGCGACGGGGCAUCCGGCCGACGAGGGUGACGACUGCAUGUGGGAGACUACCGGAUACGAGGGGGCGGGGACUUCCCCAGCGAGCAGCUCCGACUACGACACAUCCUCGCCAAGGAGCCACGAUGCCGCGUCCUCCAACGGCUCGCCGCCCGCCCCCGUGGAAGAGAGCGCGAGUGCUCGCCUGGCCAGGACCAAGAAUGACGCCAUGUAUCGCUGCAUCCGUGUGACUGCCUCGGUCUACUACCGCGCCAUCAUUGCUCGAGUCCCCACCACCGAGAUCCUGGGAGAGACUGAUUUCUUGAAGCUCUGGGAGCUGGUGUGGGAGGUGACGGUGCCCUUUUGGAAGACGGCCGUCGGCGUCUUCAUCUGGGUCAUGGCGGCGGCCGUGCCGAGCUGCCACAAUUCGCCGCCUGCACGAUUCAUCAAGACUUUGUCCGUCGUCGGCUGGAUGACGAUUGGGCUGGAAAACUGGCACGUCGCCAUCAACGCGGCAAAUACUGCCCUGAGCCUGCAGCGCUGGCUGCGGGGAGGGCACGUCCAGCAGGGAGGCAUGGUGUACGAGAGAGGGCCUCUUGGGGGAGAGAUUGUGGUGGAGAAGCAUGGGUUUAUUCUGCGUGAGGCGAGCAUCCCGGAAGUGGUUGCCAACGUACGGUGCAACGACGAUCAUGAGCUGAUUGAAUAG